GCAGCUCGUAUAAAAGCCGAGUGGUUCAGUCUUGGUGACAUCUCCUCUGCAGACCAUCAGCAUUAUGAAUCUGUGGCUCAGCUGUCGCUUCCAUUUCCUGUUUGCAGCGCUGGUUCUCAGCAGCUCGGCUUUGACACCUGAGGAAUGCAAGCCGCUGGUGACGCCGCUGUCUAUGGAAGACCCCUCUGUGAUGUAUGGCAGGGUGAACUUCCUGCUGGGCUACACCAGUCACGAUGUCUACAAAGCUUUCCUGAACCUGACCGACAGCUCCUGGGUGAAGAUCAGUGCCUCACCAGUGCACUCUGGGGAGGUCGUCAUGUCGCAGGAAAACAGGAUUAAUGGAACCUGCAUGGCUUCAACGACGAACGUAACCUUUGAAGGAAACACUGCCACGGUGGAAAUGGCCAACUCCACGUCUUCGUUCUACUUGCUGCCGAGUUGUGACGGCUGCCUCGUCUUCGUGAUAAACAGCACGGCUAGAAACACCAAACAUCUGCUUAAAUUACUGAAGAUCGAUAUAGAGGCCAGCGAUGAGAUCGUUGCUCAUUCUCUUUAUCUUCUGGGCAAAGAGUCAACCCUGAAGGAGCCGGAGCUGGAACAUUUCAAGCAGCAGGCAACAUGCUUGGGCUUCUCCGGAGACCCGGACUUCAUCUACAACCCUGAGAAAAGUUUCUGUGCUGAAGGUGAAGGUAUCAAGAUUCCCAUUUAGAGGAACCACCUACCAUCAGAAACCAAGACUUCACCUGAGGAAGUAAAGAGAUCAAAAACAUAAAAA